AUUUUAUAAUCAUUCGCUUGCUAAUCCACGUGCGUGCGUUUCUUGUGCACACACAAAUUUUAAUGUUCUGCUUCAAUUUUUUCUCAUAUACACAAUCUCAAUAUACAAAUUCACUUCAAUAUUUUAAAACCAUUUGAUAGUUUAAAGCAUAUUGUUAUUAAUUAUUGAGAGAAUACUUAAGUUCCUGUCUUUUUAUACAACUUUGUACAAAAAAUUGUAAAACUUUAAUAAUUUUAAUCAAGUUGAAAAGAUUAGAUUGUAUGGUUAGAUGGAGAAAAGUGCGUUUAUCACAGAAUCUCAUUCUACUUUUGAGUCGAACUACAGAGAUACUAGAGGUCACUAUACAGCAGCCAAUUCAACCCCCCAAGGCGGACUAGAGAACGGGAGAGGGAGAGAGGGAGAAGAUGGUGGUGGAUGCGGGGGUUCAGGUGGUCAACGUGGUCUGGUCAAGUGUGAGUUCCGGGGCUUCGACGAGUGGGUCGCCCUCUCACGCCCUUACCCGACGCCUUUUGCAGUUAUCAGCGAAAGGGGUCAGUCGCAGCUGGCGAUCCCUGAGCUGCCGGAGGACGAGAUGUUCAGCUUCGGUGCACUGUAUGAGUCAUCGGUUGCCAGCCUCAUCCUGUCACACUCCGACCUCAUCAUGUCCGACAGAUGUGCCUACAUUGGGUCGCAAAGAGGCGCACUGGCACCCAUGAUCCAACAUGACCUGGACUUGAUCGACCCCAUAGCCUGCUACGCGCCACUCAAAACACACGUCAAGGAGAGUGCCAUAUUCCAAAAGCAGUGCAAACCGUACACGUACGAUGUAGCCGAAGAAUACUUCGAAAACAACGCCAAAUUGCCUUCGGCCGAUCGCACUUUCUACGACAAGAUCAUCGUGAUGGACUGUGUGCUGCACGUGGCAGACAUGCGCCGAUUUCUCAAGUCGCUCAAAUUUAGUCUCGCCAAAGAUGGUAUCAUUUUGGUAAUGCAUAGAGCGGGUGCCCUCACAACUCUGCCGUUAUUCAGUCGGGCCAAAGAGAUGCUGAGAGAAGAGGAAAGUGACAGGCCAUACAUCGAGAUCAUGAAGACACUGCAGAGUGUGCGUUGUGAUGUGGCGUGGGAAAUAGAGACGGCGCCUAUUCGGAUGAGUCAGAGCAAGUGGCUGUUCAUGAUGAAGAACAGGUUCCCCUCCGGCGGCUUCCUCGAUUCCUGUUCCGACAGUGACGUCGGGUAUGGGCUCCGAGAACUCAUCGAGGGAAUCCUUAAGUAUCAAGGACCAGAGGUUGAGUUCUACGACAGACUCUUAGUUGUCUCGGCCACCCACCAACUUCCGAGUGCUAAAGUUCCGAUCAUCCAGCGAACACGAGACAAAAAUCAGCUAGCGGAUUUGUUCAACUUGCCAUACAAACUGAAAGUGGACGAGGGUGUCGAGAAAAUUCUGGCCGAGCAGGAGGUGGAGAAAAAGAAAAACGAGAAACUUGGAAUUUUUAAUUAGCUCUAUUCAUACAAUAUUUGGUAGUCAGCAAGUUAGAAUAUGCCUGCAUAAUUUAUGAAUUACUCUAUUUUAAACGUCUUUUUUGAAAUUAAAAAAAAAACGUU